CAAAUUUGGCGGCGAGGCGGGAGCGCGCAGCUGAUACCCGGGGACUGGGCUGUGGCGGUUAGUCCUCUCCCGGCCGCCGUCGCCUCCGACAUAUUGCCCGCAGGAGCUGCGGCGGCGAAGCGGAGAGCGCCGGGGGGAGGAGAUGGGAGGACGAAGAGGUCCCAACAGGACAUCCUACUGUCGAAAUCCACUCUGUGAGCCAGGAUCCUCAGGGGGCUCUGGUGGGGGCCACACUUCCAGCGCAUCGGUCACCAGUGUCCGUUCCCGUACCAGGAGCAGUUCUGGGACGGGCCUCUCCAGCCCCCCACUGGCCACCCAGACGGUCGUGCCCCUACAGCACUGCAAGAUCCCCGAGUUGCCAGUCCAGGCCAGCAUUCUGUUUGAGUUACAGCUCUUCUUCUGCCAGCUCAUAGCCCUCUUCGUCCACUACAUCAACAUCUACAAGACAGUGUGGUGGUAUCCGCCUUCCCACCCACCCUCCCACACCUCCCUGAAUUUCCACCUGAUCGACUUCAACUUGCUGAUGGUGACCACCAUUGUUCUGGGCCGCCGCUUCAUUGGGUCCAUCGUGAAGGAGGCUUCUCAGAGGGGGAAGGUCUCCCUCUUUCGCUCCAUCCUGCUGUUCCUCACCCGCUUCACCGUUCUCACGGCAACAGGCUGGAGUCUGUGCCGCUCCCUCAUCCACCUCUUCAGGACCUACUCCUUCCUGAACCUCCUGUUCCUCUGCUAUCCGUUUGGGAUGUACAUUCCGUUCCUGCAGCUGAACUGUGACCUCCGCAAGACAAACCUUUUCAGCCACAUGGCCUCCAUGGGUCCCCGGGAGGCAGUCAGUGGCCUGGCACGGAGCCGGGACUACCUACUGACGCUGCGGGAGACAUGGAAACAGCACACGCGGCAGCUGUAUGGCCCGGACGCCAUGCCCACCCAUGCCUGCUGCCUGUCGCCCAGCCUCAUCCGCAGCGAGGUAGAGUUCCUCAAGAUGGACUUCAACUGGCGCAUGAAGGAAGUGCUGGUCAGCUCCAUGCUGAGUGCUUAUUAUGUGGCCUUUGUGCCUGUCUGGUUCGUGAAGAACACACAUUACUAUGACAAGCGCUGGUCCUGUGAGCUCUUCCUGCUGGUGUCCAUCAGCACCUCAGUGAUCCUCAUGCAGCACCUGCUGCCUGCCAGCUACUGCGACCUGCUGCACAAGGCCGCUGCCCACCUGGGCUGCUGGCAGAAGGUGGACCCAGCGCUGUGCUCCAACGUGCUGCAGCACCCGUGGACUGAAGAAUGCAUGUGGCCACAGGGCGUGCUGGUGAAGCACAGCAAGAACGUCUACAAAGCAGUGGGCCACUACAACGUGGCCAUCCCCUCUGAUGUCUCCCACUUCCGGUUCCACUUCUUUUUCAGCAAACCCUUGCGGAUCCUCAACAUCCUUCUGCUGCUGGAGGGUGCCGUCAUUGUCUACCAGCUGUACUCCUUAAUGUCCUCUGAAAAGUGGCACCAGACCAUCUCACUGGCGCUCAUCCUCUUCAGCAACUACUAUGCCUUCUUCAAGCUGCUGCGGGACCGCCUGGUAUUGGGCAAGGCCUACUCGUACUCGGCCAGCCCCCAGAGGGACCUGGACCACCGGUUCUCCUGAGCCCCAGGGCAACCCCAGGGACAGCAUCCAGGCUUCAGCCAGGGGCUCCCUGGGAAGGGGCUGUUGGGGAGGGAUGGGUGAGGGGCAAAAACAAAAAAAGACAAAAAAAUCCACCAGAGCUUUGUAUUUUUGUUACAUACUGUUUCUUUCUUUGAUAAUUGAUGUGAUUAUGAGGAAAACAAAAGUCCUAUUUUUAUACUCCCAA